CAUAUCAGGAGUCUUUGUACGGUUCUUUGCCAGUAGUAUAGUACUUUCACUAGCCCCAUCAAUUCACGUCUCUCUCAAUUUCUGCACUUUCUCCCUCUCAUUGGGCAUUAGCCUUCUCCUCCCAGUCCCACUCUUCCCUACCACCACCUCUCUCUGACACCUGAUUCUCUCUCUGUGAUAAAAAGACCAAGAAAGAGAGAGUAGCCACAUAUUUUAAGUCUUGGCUAUAGAUGGUGACUGAAAAAGAGAGUCUUUGAUGAACCCAACAAAGAAGAAGAGAAAAAAGUAAUAAAGAAAAGAAAAGAAAGAAAGAGUGUUAAUGUGCCAAAAGAAGAAGAAAGAAAGAAAGAGAGGGAUAAAUAUAACGUAUAACAUGUUUUUUUGAUUUGUGUUUUCCAAGAAAAGAGACAGAGAAACAUAAAACAUAUAUAGUUGUCUUGUUCACAAAUUUGAUAAAUCUUUUUUCGCACAACAUGUUCAUUACAAGAAUCUUUCUUUAACUUAACUAGCUAGCUAGUUCCAUGGCUUUCAAGGCGUUUCUUCUUUCUGUCGUCAUCUAUCUUCCUUUAGCUAAACUCUGUCUUUCUUAUGAGCCUCGCAACCAUGAAGUGGAGGCUUUGAUAAGUAUAAGAGAAGCAUUGGAUGAUCCACAUGGUGUGUUAAACAACUGGGACGAGGACUCUGUAGACCCUUGCAGCUGGGCUAUGAUCACUUGCUCACCUGAUAAUCUAGUUAUUGGCUUGGGCGCUCCAAGUCAAUCUCUCUCUGGAACUCUAUCAGGGACUAUAGGAAAUCUCACUAAUCUUCGCCAAGUGCUGUUGCAGAAUAAUAACAUCUCAGGUGAAAUCCCGCCGGAGCUUGGUACACUCCCAAAACUUCAGACUCUGGAUCUCUCUAAUAACCGGUUCUCUAGCUUGGUGCCAGAUUCUCUAGGUCAAUUACACAGUCUGCAAUAUCUGAGGCUGAAUAAUAACAGCUUAUCUGGGCCUGUUCCUGUGUCUUUAGCCAAAAUCCCACAGCUCGCUUUCUUAGACUUGUCUUAUAACAAUCUAAGUGGACCAGUGCCCAAGUUCCCUGCAAGAACAUUUAAUGUUGUGGGCAAUCCAUUGAUUUGUGGAAGUGGAUCCAAUGAAGGUUGCUUUGGAUUGGGCAAUGCUGGUCCUCUUGCUUUUUCUCUGAAUCCAUCGUCUGGCAAACAUAAGUCCAAGAAGUUAGCAACUGCACUUGGGGUUAGCCUUAGUUUUGUUGUUCUCCUGCUCUUGGCACUUGCAUUCCUUUGGAUCAGAAAGAAACAGAAAAGCCGAACGAUACUUAAUAUUAGUGACAAACAAGAUGAAGGACUACUUAGCCUAGGUAAUCUCAGGAACUUCACUUUCAGAGAGCUCCAACUUGCCACAGACAACUUCAGCUCAAAGCAAAUACUCGGUGCUGGAGGCUUUGGCAAUGUUUACAAGGGAAAGCUAGCAGAUGGGACUAUGGUGGCAGUGAAGCGGCUAAAGGAUGUAACUGGAAAUGCUGGGGAAUCACAAUUUAGGACAGAACUGGAAAUGAUCAGCCUUGCAGUUCACCGGAAUUUGCUCAGAUUAGUUGGAUAUUGUGCAACUCCUAAUGAGAGGCUUUUGGUCUACCCUUACAUGUCUAAUGGUAGUGUAGCCUCCAGGCUGAGAGGGAAGCCUGCACUAGAUUGGAACACAAGGAAGAGGAUAGCAAUUGGUGCUGCCAGGGGUCUUCUGUAUCUGCACGAGCAAUGUGAUCCUAAGAUAAUUCAUAGAGAUGUGAAGGCUGCUAAUGUGCUCCUUGAUGACUUCUGCGAGGCUGUAGUUGGUGAUUUUGGCCUUGCAAAACUCCUUAACCAUGCUGAUUCCCAUGUCACCACUGCUGUCCGAGGCACUGUUGGGCACAUUGCACCAGAGUACCUCUCAACUGGCCAAUCAUCUGAGAAAACUGAUGUUUUUGGAUUUGGCAUUCUUUUGAUAGAGCUCAUAACUGGAAUGAGAGCGCUUGAGUUCGGAAAAAAUGUUAAUCAAAAAGGAGCAAUGCUGGAGUGGGUGAAGAAGAUACAACAAGAAAAGAAAGUGGAAGAAUUAGUGGACAGAGAGCUGAAGAGCAACUAUGACCAAAUAGAGGUUGGAGAAAUGCUGCAAGUUGCAAUUUUAUGCACUCAAUACCUCCCAGCUCACCGUCCCAAAAUGUCUGAAUUGGUCCGGAUGCUCGAAGGUGAUGGCCUUGCUGAGAAAUGGGCUGCAUCACAUAAUCAUAGCAAUCCCUCCCCAAACCUCUCUAUUACUAACGACAAUAACAAAAGCACGAUUCGUCCAACAACUGCAUUGAAGCAUGAAGAAAAUGGUCAUGAUAGAUCAAGCAAUCUUUUAGGCAUGGGAAUGGAUGAUGAUGAUGACGAGUAUUCUUUGGAUUCCUAUGCUAUGGAACUCUCUGGUCCAAGAUAGAACAGAAAACAAUAUAAAGAGGAAUGAUUUUCUUUUUCUCCUUCUUUGGUUAAUUCUUUGCAAGUGCAAAUUAACUUUGUUCAAGUAUAUAUAACUAUAGGUUUAGGUUUCAUUAUCUUGUGCAAUGUAAAUAUGAAAUAUCCUUUGUUCAUUUUCUAGCCAACUUGUUUUCAAAAAGAAGAAUUCUAAUAUAUGGUGGUGGGAAAUGCAUCGUA